CAUCCUGUUAUAAAAGGAACUGGUUUGCUGCAAAAACAACACUAACCCAUACCAAACUCAAUCAAUUUCUAUCGAUUCCCCUUCUCACCCUUGAUCUACUGCAAAGUUUUUUUCUCAACACUCCCUCAGCUAGGAGAUCAAACUGAUUAGUUGGGAAUUGAUCAUAUAUAGCACUCAUGUCUGCAAAUCGUAAAAGUGGUAGAGAUCAUACAGUUAUUGAUAUCAUCGAUGACCGCGAGAAAAGCAAGAAAUGCAUCUUCCGAGUUCCUAACGUGAUCCGGAGACAAAACCCUGAAGCAUAUACACCUGACGUUGUUUCAAUAGGAACUUUUCAUCAUUAUCGAGAAAAGCGAGGCACGGAGAAAGGUAAAGGAGUCAAGGAAGGAAAACAAGGCAUAGGCGAGGAAGAUUUCCAACUUACGAAACGAGUGAAAAAGAGCUAUUUGAAUGAAAUUCUCACAGGUAUGAAGAUAACUUUGGAAGAGUUGACCGCAAAAGUUACUGAGCUCUCAGAUCAGAAGAAUGAAGGUGGCUUUGAGGAACGAGCCCGCAAUUUUUAUGCAGAACCAUUUGAUCAUAUUUCUUCCAAAGACUUCAUGGAGAUGAUGAUAGUUGACGGUUGCUUCCUAAUUCAACUGUUUCGGGAGUGUGAAAAUUCAAAACUCAGGGCCUUUGAUGAUCCGCUGUUCAACAUGCACUGUAUGUUUCAUUUCCUAUGCCAUGACAUUUUGCUUCUAGAGAAUCAAUUACCUUGGUUUGUUAUCCACAGUUUGUAUAGCCUUACCCAUGAAAUAUACCCUGAUGAAGCCUCCCUCUCUACUCUCAUCCUUAAAGCCUUCAGCAUGUCACCAUCACUGAAGCAAAGUUGCUCAUCUUAUAAUAAGCAUCUCCGCAAAAGCAAGUGUCAUUGUGAUGCUGAUUAUCUGCACAUACUUGAUCUGGUAAGAGCUUCCAUAGUUAUUCCAUUCAAGACCAUCGAUGCGAGAGUAGCUAGAAAAGAAUCUAUGUCCAGCCAAGCUGAAGAGCAUCAAGUGCAUAAAAGGACCAUUGACAAGGCAGAGAGUAAAGCUGUUCAGGAACCUAUCUUUGACCCAGAUCUACAUCGUCUAUGUACCGCAACCGCUCUCUCAAAGGCAGACAUUAAAUUCAAAAGCGUAGAAAAGGAGAGCAUAAUGGACAUCCAAUUCAAAGAGGGUGGGUGGUUCAGGAAUGGAAUUCUUAUGAUUCCAAAGCUAAACGUUGGAAUGUCAUCAGAAACAUUAUUCAGGAACCUCAUUGCAAUUGAGCAAUGCUACCAUGGUUAUUCAAACGAGAUAACAUCUUAUGCCAUCUUUAUGGAUAACCUCAUCUCUUCAAAGGAAGAUAUGGAAUUACUUUGCAAGCAAAAAGUAAUUGGUAACUCGAUGAGUGAUGAAGAUGGUUGUAAGUUUUUCAGCAACCUUUACAAAGACAUCCCGCACAACAAGUUCUACUAUGUUGAGCUGUGCAAAAAAGUGAAUGAUCGUUACAGAUCGAGAUGGUUUACAUGGUUGGCUUUACUCAAGAGUGAAAAAUUUUCUAGUCCCUGGAGAAUUUUAGCUUUUGGGAUAGGUAUUAUCAUUUUGAUUCUCACCGCGUGGAGUCAGACACUCAGCAUUCGGGUGAACAUGCAUAAGUGAAGUUUUACUAGCUAGCUAGCUAGUUAUUCACAAUUGCCUGCAUUUCUCACUUUCUUUGUGUGUGGCUGUUGUUGCUUGUGAGAUAUUUUAUGUACCUAUUAUCUAUGUCAUUUUAAUUACGUUGACGGUAUAUUUCGAUGUAUAUGUCGUUGUACCUCUA